AUGUUGUUUGUCACUAGUGGAAGAAAUGAAGCUAAAUAAUAAUCUCUUACUUCACAUUUUCAUGCAGCAAGAUGCUGUAACGCAGCUAUUGUUAGAAUCCACUGAUUUAUGGUUCUGAAAUCUGCAUCUUAACUAAGAGUUUUUGCUUGUAACAGAUCCCCAGUGAGCACAAGACGUGAUUUCAACGUUGAAAUAUGGUUGAAAUCGGGUUGAAAUGAGGUCUGAACGUCUAAGACCUCAUUUCAACGUCUUUUCAACCGGCAAAAAAGUGCGUGAAACCUCAACGUGCUAGAAAAGGGUAAAUUUCUCGAUUAUGUGUCAUGUUGUAACGUAAGGCUGAAAGAGAGACGAUAAUAUCAUUAAGAUUAUCAUAAUAAUGAAUGAACUGGUCGGCGAAAUUUGGUCUACGCAAAGACGUGAUUUCAACGCCUUUAAGAUUUUUCUUAAAACGUCAUGAAUAUGGAAAUACAGAGUGUGUGUCGUUAACAACAUGCUUUAAGGACAAAAUAAUGCGGGCCGUUUCAAACAUUAGUUGAAAACACGUAACUCUGAUCACAUCUGUAACGCGCAUGCGCAAGUUCUUCCACCAGGUGCAGCGCGAGGUGAAGUGUGUCCGGGAGCAGAGCGACGUGAACGGGCUGAAACAACCACGGCUACCGGCCCCAAUACUCUGUUCCUGUGGAUGGAGGUUACAUCUGAUGGAGUUUGUCCCUGCAGUUGUCCUCCCUUACACCUGGUGUACUACUCUGAAUAUUUUUGAUUAAUUUCUGUCGUAGGAAUUGAACGUACUGUACAUCUUUAAGUUGUUCUUUCUGUACACAGCUAGUCCUCCACUGUUCACCCUUAAGUGUUGUCCAGUUGAAGGGAGUUUUAUCUGUGCCGAUGUGAUGGUUUUGGGGCAGGAUGCUGCAUGUUUACAGACUGUAAAGCUCCCUCAGGCUUAUUUUUCAUUUUGGGUUUAACAAAAUCAAAUGAAUUGAAUUGAAUUAACUUGUUGACUAGAGGCAUCUGCAACUGAGGGGUGUUCUGCGCAUUCUGAAUCAUUGAAGUGACGAUGAGGGAGACGGAGCUGAUUUCAGGUAUACGAUCCGGAUUCAAGUGACUCAGAGCCAAAUGAAGUGCCAAUGAUUCAGAAAAAUGGUUUACAAACACACAAUUCUAAUCUAACUGGUUCAUGUUGUUGCUCCACUAAUAUUUAUAUAGUUUAUUUUCACAAAAUAUAUUUUAUUUUUGUAUUCUCUUUUGUAUAGGAAAAGUGUUUAGUGUUAUAUUGAUAUGAAUCAAUACAAAAUAAUCAAAUUGUGUUGUCCUCGUUAUGGGCUGUUGACAUGACAACUGACUGUGUAACUUGGACUUUUCCAGCGAGCAAUUUAUCAGUUGAAAAGACGUUGAAAAGACGUCUAUGUUUAGACCCGUUUUCAACGUAAUUUUUAACAUCGAUGGUAAACGUACAAAUGUGGAAGUAAUUUAUUUUUACACCUAUAAAAUAAUGCUAUAGCACAAACUAGAGGACGACAUUUUACCGUAUUAAAAAUCACGUUGAUAUGUGGUCUAAACAUAGACGUCAUUUCAACGUCUACGAAUAGACGUUGAAACAACUUUCACUUUAAAACCAUUUUGCAACGUUUAUUCAACCAAAAAAUGGUUGAAAACCAAAACCGAACAAAAACCCAAAGCCAUAAACACGACUCGCAUCUCUGAUGCGUUGUGCAUUUAUUUUGAAGGUCGGACCCACAAAAAGGAAGUCUUGUAGAAUAAUCGGUUGUGAAACACAAACAGCUCGGAUCGAUCGAGUUGGUGAAACUCGUGAAACGCACCGUUCUCACGAUGGAGGCAGUAAGCAGCGCGCUCGGCUUUGACUGGAUGGAUCCAACAAGUAUUUUAAUAUUUCUCUGUGUGUUUCUCCUGCUGACGGAGGUUCUGAAGAACAGAGCUCCGCUGAACUUCCCACCAGGACCGAUGUCUCUUCCGUUCCUCGGUGACCUGCCCCGCGUGGACCCGUCCCGGUUCCACCUGCAGAUCCGAGAGUUUGCAGAGAAAUAUGGAAACAUCUUCAGCCUUCGGCUCUUUGGUGGAAGGGUGGUGGUCCUCAAUGGCUACAAGCUGGUGAGAGAGGCCCUGGUCCAGAAAGGAGAGGACUACGUGGACCGACCUUCCAUCCCCCUGUUUGAAGCUCUAGUUGGGAACAAAGGUUUGGUGAUAGCAAACGGCCACCAGUGGAAGCAGCAGAGGAGAUUUGCCAUCCGCACACUUAGAAACUUUGGGGUUGGCAAGAAGAGCCUGGAGCAGCCCAUCCAGCAGGAGAGUCACUACCUUAGUGAGGUCCUGGCCCUUCAGAGAGGAGAACCUUUUGAUGUACAGCCUCUGAUGAGCAAAGCCGUGUCCAACAUCAUCAGCUGCCUGGUGUUUGGGGAUCGCUUCGACUACUCCGACCAGCAGCAGCAGUUCAUCCUCCAGGCCUUCCAUGAGCUGAUCUACCUGCAGGGGGGCUUCUGGGCCCAGCUUUAUAACUUUUUCCCCUGGCUGAUGCAUCGGCUUCCUGGACCUCACCAGAGGAUUUUCUCUCUGACACAAACUCUCCUGAACUUCAUACAAACAAAGAUCCAAGAACACAGAGAGAGCUUCGACCCGUCCUCCCCCAGAGACUACAUCGACUGCUACCUGGCUGAGAUGGGAGAGGAGGAGGACGAAGCUUCUGGCUACGACUUGAGCAACCUGUGUUUCUGCACUCUGGACCUGUUUGGUGCUGGAACGGAGACCACCGCGACCACCUUAAACUGGGGCCUGCUCUACAUGAUCCACUACCCUGAGGUUCAAGAGGGGGUCCAGGCAGAGAUAGACUCUGUGGUGGGUUCGUCCAAGCCACCCUCGAUGGCGGACAAAGACCAGAUGCCUUACACGGACGCAGUCCUCCAUGAAGUCCAGAGGAUGGCCAACAUCCUCCCCCUCAAUGUGGCCCGUAUGACCAGCAGGGAGACCACGCUGGGGCAGUACACGCUCCCCAAGGGAACCCUGGUCCUGCCGACGCUGAUCUCCGUUCUACGUGACGAGUCCGAGUGGGAGACGCCGCACUCGUUCAACCCGCAACACUUCCUGGACCAGGACGGGAAGUUCAGGAAGAGAGAAGCCUUCCUUCCUUUUUCAGCAGGGAAGCGGGUCUGUCUCGGGGAGCAGCUGGCAAGGAUGGAGUUGUUCCUCUUCUUCACCUCCAUCCUCCAGAGGUUCUCUUUGUCGGUGCCACAUGGGGAGAAGCCGGGUCUGGACUUCCAGCUGGGAGCUACUUUGUGUCCCAAAGCGUACCGGCUGUGUGCCACCCCGCGCUGACCCGCUGGUGACCUCCAGUGAAGAUCAUCUUAGUGACAUCACUGCAUUAAACCAAUCAAAUACAUCAUCGUAGUUUUUAAAAGGAUUAACUCUUUUCUCCAGCAGUUAUUGUGCUUUUAUAUAACUAAAUGAAAUUUAAUUUGUGAAGCUAAAUGAGUUAUAACUCAAUAAGAUUUAGUUUGUGUAACUCAAUGAGAAUUAGUUUGUGUAUCUUGUCACAUUUCUCAUCCAGACUCCUGAAUAUAACAGGAAGCGUUGCGUGAUGUAAUUUUGUGGCAUUAAUGUUAAUAACUGAUUAGUAUGAGAAAGCUCUUCCUUUGAUAGAACCCAUCUUUUGAAUUGACAUAUAAAAACAUCAAAGUUGCA